AUGGCGACCACAUCGAUGGAUUAUGAAGCGACCGGUGAGCGCUACGAUGACGACGGUCCUCGCUACGACCGCGACCGCAGUGCAUCGCCUCGUCGCGAUGAUGGCCAUGACUCGCGUCGCCGCUCCAUGUCCCCGAACGGCAACGACCGUGCUCCCAUUAAGAGCGACAGCGGUAACAAGGAGGACGAUGGCGCCCACAACCCUGGCUCAAACCUUUUCGUGACGGGCAUCCACCCUCGCCUGGAGGAGUCGGAGAUUACUCGUCUUUUUGAGAAGUACGGUGAGGUCGAGAAGUGCCAAAUCAUGAAGGACCCGCACUCUGGCGAGUCGCGUGGCUUCGGUUUCGUUAAGAUGGUCACUUCCGAAAUGGCCGAUGCUGCCAUAGAGGGCUUGCGCGGCGAGGUCAUCGAAGGCCGCACCCUUAACAUCGAGAAGGCACGCCGUGUCCGUCCCCGCACUCCUACCCCGGGCAAGUACUUUGGUCCUCCUAAGCGUGAUCCCCGUGGUGGUGGUGGCCGCUUUGAUGACCGUCGUCGUGGUGGUUACGGCGGCGGCGGCGGUUAUGGUGGCGGCUAUGGUCGUGAUGACUCGUACCGUGGUCAACGUGGCUACGGCCGUGAUGACCGUGGCUACGACCGUGGCUACGAUCGCGGUUACGAUCGUGGCUAUGGUGGUGGCGGCGGUGGACGCGACUACCGUGAUGACCGUGGCUACAGCCGUGAGUACCGUGAGGAGCGUGGUGGUGGCUACGACCGCCGUGACCGCGGCGGUGAUGACGCUUAUGGCGGCCGCAUUGAUCGCUAUGGUGGCGGUGGUCGCGAGGACCGCGAGCGUUACGGAGGUGGCCGUGGUGGUGCUCCUGAUGACCGCCGCGGACCCAGCUAUGAUCGCGAGCGUGGCUAUGAUCGCCCCAGCGACCGCGACUCCCGCCCUCGUGAUCCCGCCCCCAGCGCUGCCGGUGCUUACGCCGACCCCGCUCCCCGUGGCGAUACCCGUGAGCCCUAUGGUAACCUCGCUUGCCAACCCCUUGUCCACUACCUUGGCAAUACUAACUGUACCAGCAGGCGGCCGUUAAAUUUUGCCCCCGACAUCAAGACUCGCUGCGUAGGCUUGCUUGCCAUCUAA